AUGGUUGCUCCUGUGCCUCCAGGGGCACCUAGACCCAACAACCAGCAGUAUCCCGGGCCACCUAAUUUCUACCCUGGUUCACAAGGGCACUCAAAUCCUUUAGCUGACAAUAUGCAGAACUUGAGCUUGAAUCGACCACCUCCAAUGAUGCCUGGUUCAGGUCCCAGACCACCUCCUCCGUUUGGUCAGUCACCACAAUCUUUCCCUCAACAGUCCCCUGCUUAUGGAGUUCCGCAACGUGGACCUUCACCCAUGUCCCGGCCUGGACCUCCUGCUGGGCUGGCAAGACCUGGCGGUCCACCUCCGGUAUCACAAACAGCUGGAUUUCAGUCAAAUGUACCCUUGAACAGACCUACUGGUCCACCUUCUAGUCAGCCACCAUUUGGCUCUAGACCGUCAAUGACUGGAGGACCAGUGGCACAGCCUGUUGCCUCUUCUAGUGGGUUUCCAGCUUUUGGUCCAUCGGGUAAUGUAGCUGCAGGUCCUCCUCCAGGAGCUCCCCCAAUAGCAUUUGGUUCACCUCCACCUGUCGGAUCUGGCAUGUCUAUGCCUCCCUCGGGCAUGCUUGGUGGUCCAGUCAGUAAUGGGCAUCAAAUGGCUGGUUCAGGGGGGUUUCCGAGGGGAUCCCAGUUCCCCGGUGGUGCUGUUACAACUCCACAGACACCCUAUGCGCAGCCUCCUUCAAGACCUUUCCCUCGGGCAUGCUUGCCUUAUGGUCCACCAUCAGCACAGGUUGCCCCACCACCUCUAGGUUUUCCUGGCCCAAUGCAACCACCAAGAUAUGGAAUGGGUACUUUGCCAAAUCAGUCGAUGACCAACAUACCCACUGCCAUGGACCAACCUGGUGCCGCUGCUCCUGGUGGACCCGCAAGAAUUGAUCCUAAUCAAAUCCCAAGGCCAGGUUCAAGCUCCAGCCCAACUGUGUUUGAAACGCGUCAGAGUAAUCAGGCUAAUCCUCCCCCGCCUGCUACUAGUGAUUAUGUUGUUCGAGACACCGGAAAUUGUAGUCCACGUUACAUGAGGUGCACGAUCAAUCAGAUCCCAUGUACAGUUGAUCUUCUGUCUACAUCUGGAAUGCAACUGGCGCUGAUGGUCCAACCGCUGGCUCAAUCUCAUCCAUCUGAAGAGCCUAUACAAGUUGUCGACUUUGGUGAGGGUGGACCUGUACGAUGUUCACGCUUUAUGCAAGCCACAUAA